AUGGUUCCGAAUGCAACAACGCUAUAUGCCGCGAAGACUACCAUGAGCACUCACAUCAACGGAACUAUGGGACUCAAUUCCUCGUUCCUGGUCCCGACGUACAUAAGCCAAGAGGAGUUCCUAGCACUACAAAUGACGAAUACAUCAGAUGCGAACACAACAUCCGUUUCCAACGACACAAUAAUCAAUCAAGUGAUUUUAAAAACAUGGUAUCCAAGUGGUUACUCGCCCGCGCACAUAAUCAUAGCGUCCGUGGUGGUGACAGUGUUAAUGAUAAUGGUGGUAGUGGGGAAUAUGUUAGUGAUAAUCGCGAUUGUGACAGAGAAAGCUUUGAAGAACAUACAGAAUUGGUUCAUAGCCUCCUUAGCAGUGUCGGACUUCUUUCUAGGACUAGUGAUAAUGCCUUUUUCAUUGGCGAACGAAUUAAUGGGGUAUUGGAUUUUCGGUUUUUGGUGGUGCGAGAUACAUUCCGCGAUGGAUGUGUUGUUGUGUACAGCGUCUAUUAUGAAUUUGUGCCUCAUUUCUCUGGACCGCUACUGGAGUAUAACGCAGGUGAGUUGUUAG